AUGUCAAUUGAAACACCAACCUCCGCCAUGGCUGUCGAGAAGCACAAAUCAAAGUCGGAAAAGAAACACAAAUCAACUACCCACGGCGAAAAGAAACGGAAACGCGACCACAAGGAAGACGGCGGGCAUAAAUCGACAUCGAAGAAACAUAAAACCGACAAACCGACCACAGCUUCCAUCCUAGAGGUACCGGAGAAUGUCUCGCCAUUCCACAUGCAGACCUCCAGUCUAUUCCUCCCACUCGCGCCCGUCUCUCAGAAAACACCCCUCGAAGGUCUUUGCGCCGAACAUCUCUCGCCCCUAAUCCUAACCUAUUACCCCCCUCUCACCGGCGUGUUGCUCUCCUACCACAAUGUGCGCCUGUCAGAGAAACCAUUCGGAGAUGAUGGCGAAGAUAAUGUCCUGCUGCAGAAUAUCGACGAGUAUGCUGUGUCCUGGGCAUGGGUCACUGCCGAGUUCUUGCUCUUCAAACCGGAGAAGGGGGCCUGGUUGGAGGGGUAUGUAAAUUUAUCCAAUGAGGGCCAUCUGGGCAUAGUAUGCUGGAAUCUUUUUAAUGCGAGUAUUGAGCGCAAACGGCUACCAAGCGAUUGGAAUUGGGUGGGGGUGCAGGAGAGGGAAGAAGGGGAUGGGGAAGAUGAGGUCUAUGCGGAGGAAGGGGCGGGGCAUUAUGUUGAUGGGAAGGGGGAGAAGGUGGAGGGUAUGGUGAAAUUUAGAGUGCGAGAAAUUGAGUCAAGUCACGAUCGCGAGAGAGGGUUCUUGAGUAUCGAGGGGACUAUGUUGAGUGAAGAUGCUGAGCACGAGAUGGUGGAGAUGGAGAGUGGUGUAGUCGCAAAUAGGGAUCAUGCUGGAAGACGGCUUGGCGGCUCAAGGGCGUUGGGAGCCACAAGUUUAGCUGUGCACGCAGAAGCCUCAAACUUCGCUUCUGACAUAACGAAAGAGGAAGCAUACAAGCAAGUCCUAGAACAGGCCAGCGCCCUCUUCGACGGGCAAAGAAACUGGGUCUGUAACCUGGCAAACACGUCCGCCCUCCUCUGGCACGCUUAUAAAUCCCUGUCCAGCCCCUCGGCAUCCGUAAACUGGGCCGGCUUCUACGUACUCGAUAAGAGCCGUGCAAAUCAAUUGAUCCUCGGUCCUUUUCAGGGGAAGGUUGCUUGUCAGACGAUCCUAUUUGGGAGAGGUGUCUGUGGAACUGCGGCGAGUAAGAAGGAGACGUUGUUAAUUCAUGAUGUAGAGGCAUUCCCGGGUCACAUAGCGUGUGAUGGGGAUAGUAAGAGUGAGAUUGUGGUGCCGAUAGUUGUGGGAGGGCAGACGGUGGCGAUUAUUGAUGUUGAUUGUGCGGAGGUGGAGGGGUUUGAUCAAGUUGAUAGGAGAGCGUUGGAGGAGUUGGCGAGACUGCUGCAGGGGGCUUGUGAUUGGUAA